GAGAGAGAGAGAGAGAGAGAGGAAGCUGCAGUAAGUCUAGAACAAGGAGAGGUAACUGUAGCAGAUGGGAUAUGAUAUGGAUUUAGAGGUGUGUAUCUAAUAGACAGAUAGAUAUAUAUAUCUUAUAUAUAUACAUAUGAUCAAUAGAUUAGAGGGUUAUAGACAUAACUGAUGAUUGAAUUUAGAGGUGUGUGUUCUUUGACUUCUCUGUAUCUCUCCUAAUAAAUAUAUACUGCCUGCCAAGAAGCAAGCCCAUCUCCCCCAAAAUCUCAAAUUGUAACCUUUACUUUGUCUCUGAGAGAGAGAGAGAGAGAGAGAGAGAUGGGAAGAGCACCUUGCUGUGACAAGGCAAAUGUGAAGAAAGGGCCAUGGUCACCUGAAGAAGAUGCCAAGUUAAAAGAGUACAUAGAGAAGCAUGGAACUGGAGGCAACUGGAUUGCUCUCCCUCAGAAAGCAGGCCUUAAAAGAUGUGGCAAAAGCUGCAGACUGAGAUGGCUCAACUAUCUAAGACCAAACAUUAAACAUGGAGAGUUCUCUGAAGAUGAAGACAGAAUCAUCUGCAGCCUCUUUUCUAGCAUUGGGAGCAGGUGGUCAAUUAUGGCAGCUCAGUUGCCAGGCAGAACUGACAAUGAUAUCAAGAACUACUGGAACACUAAGCUCAAGAAGAAGCUCAUGGGGUCUCAGAGAAGCCCUAACCAGGCCUUGCCCUACCCAUCAAUCUCCCUUCUUCACACUUCAUCAUCACCACCCUCAUUAGCUUCACCAGCUACAGCAGCAACAGCACCAUUAAUCCAACGCAGCAAUAGUUCCUACUAUGAAGCACCAGCCAACUUUUUGACAAACUAUGAAUUACCCAUUUCAAUCCAGUCAAAUCUUCUGAACGCCACCACCAUGUUAUUUGGUGGGGAUCAAGCUAGCUGCAGUUCUUCUGAUGGGAGCAGCAGCAACCAGAUCAUCGGCCAUCGAAGAGAUCAAGUAGUGGAGCAUGAUCAUUACAGUGGCUCUAAUGGUGAAUACAAUAUGGGCUUGCAGAGCUAUCUCUACAAUGAAAUUGAUGAGAACCAGAAUAAGUUCAUGAUCUCUAGUGGGUACUCCCAGAAGCAAAAUGGGCUGUUUUGUGAAACUGAGCCAGUGGACUACAGUGGCCUUGAGGAGAUUAAGCAGCUUAUAAGCACUAAUAUCUGUAACAAUCUGAGUUUCUUUGUUGAUGAAAGCAAGAUAGAGGAAAAGCUUGUCUAUUACUGAUAUGAUGAUGCUGACUGAUCUGGAGAUUUCAAGGGUAAGAUUAGAUUUGGAUGGUCUCAAAGAUUCAGAUUCAGACUCAGUUUGUGGGGGAUGGGAUGUGUUGUACUUUUUUUCCCCUUUGUUUUUGGGGAACACUUUUUUGACAGUUCGUACAUGGUAAAGUUUCCUUUUUAUGCA